CGCCUCCCCCGUUCGCCUCGUCCCGCCGCCGCCAUCGCCGCCGCCGCCAUGAACAAGAAGAAGAAGCCGUUCCUGGGCAUGCCCGCGCCCCUGGGCUACGUGCCGGGGCUGGGCCGCGGAGCCACAGGUUUCACCACCCGCUCCGAUAUCGGCCCCGCGCGCGAUGCCAACGACCCCGUGGACGACCGACAUGCGCCGCCGGGCAAGAGAACCGUGGGCGAUCAGAUGAAGAAGAACCAGACGGCUGAUGACGACGACGAAGACCUGAACGACACCAAUUACGACGAGUUCAAUGGAUACGCGGGGAGCCUGUUCUCAAGCGGUCCCUAUGAAAAAGACGAUGAGGAAGCAGAUGCUAUUUAUGCAGCUUUGGAUAAAAGGAUGGAUGAACGGAGGAAAGAAAGAAGGGAACAACGAGAGAAAGAGGAGAUAGAAAAAUACCGUAUGGAACGGCCCAAAAUUCAGCAGCAGUUCUCAGACUUGAAAAGGAAACUAGCAGAAGUCACAGAAGAGGAAUGGCUAAGUAUUCCCGAAGUUGGGGACGCCAGGAACAAGCGUCAGAGGAAUCCUCGUUACGAGAAGCUGACUCCUGUACCCGAUAGCUUCUUUGCAAAGCACUUACAGUCGGGGGAGAAUCACACCUCUGUGGACCCCCGCCAGACGCAAUUUGGUGGCUUGAAUACUCCAUAUCCGGGGGGCUUGAAUACUCCUUAUCCGGGAGGAAUGACACCAGGCUUAAUGACACCUGGGACAGGUGAAUUGGAUAUGAGGAAGAUUGGUCAAGCAAGAAACACCUUGAUGGAUAUGAGGCUAAGCCAGGUGUCCGACUCUGUGAGCGGCCAGACUGUAGUGGAUCCAAAAGGAUAUCUGACAGACUUGAAUUCAAUGAUCCCCACUCACGGAGGAGAUAUCAAUGAUAUCAAGAAGGCUCGAUUGCUGCUCAAGUCUGUCCGGGAGACCAAUCCCCACCACCCGCCAGCCUGGAUCGCGUCAGCCCGACUGGAGGAGGUCACUGGCAAGCUCCAAGUCGCUCGGAACCUCAUCAUGAAAGGAACGGAGAUGUGCCCCAAGAGUGAAGAUGUUUGGUUAGAAGCUGCUCGGUUGCAGCCUGGGGAUACGGCGAAGGCCGUUGUGGCCCAAGCUGUCCGCCACCUCCCACAGUCUGUCCGCAUAUAYAUAAGAGCAGCGGAGCUGGAGACAGACAUCCGUGCAAAGAAACGUGUCCUCAGGAAAGCUCUGGAGCAUGUUCCAAAUUCGGUGCGUUUGUGGAAGGCAGCAGUGGAGCUGGAAGAACCUGAGGAUGCCAGGAUCAUGCUGAGUCGGGCUGUGGAGUGCUGUCCAACUAGUGUUGAACUUUGGCUUGCGCUGGCAAGACUGGAGACUUAUGAGAACGCUCGUAAAGUCCUAAACAAAGCCCGGGAGAACAUUCCAACAGAUCGUCACAUCUGGAUUACGGCGGCCAAACUGGAGGAGGCCAAUGGAAACACUCAGAUGGUGGAGAAAAUCAUCGACAGAGCCAUCACAUCCCUCAGAGCCAACGGUGUGGAAAUCAACAGGGAGCAAUGGAUACAGGAUGCUGAGGAAUGUGAUAAAGCUGGAAGUGUGGCCACAUGCCAGGCGAUCAUGAGAGCUGUCAUUGGGAUUGGAAUUGAGGAAGAAGAUCGGAAACACACCUGGAUGGAAGAUGCAGACAGUUGUGUUGCUCACAAUGCUUUGGAGUGUGCCCGAGCAAUUUAUGCUUACGCCUUGCAAGUUUUCCCGAGCAAGAAAAGUGUGUGGCUGCGAGCAGCUUACUUUGAGAAGAACCACGGGACCAGGGAAUCCUUGGAGGCCCUGCUGCAGAGAGCCGUCGCGCACUGCCCCAAAGCAGAAGUGCUCUGGCUCAUGGGAGCCAAGUCCAAGUGGCUGGCGGGAGAUGUGCCCGCAGCCAGAAGCAUUUUGGCCCUGGCUUUCCAGGCCAACCCCAACAGCGAGGAGAUCUGGCUGGCUGCCGUGAAGCUCGAGUCAGAAAACAAUGAAUAUGAAAGAGCAAGGAGGCUGCUGGCAAAAGCUCGCAGCAGUGCCCCCACUGCACGGGUCUUCAUGAAGUCUGUGAAGUUAGAGUGGGUGCUUGGAAACAUUGCUGCAGCCCAGGAGCUCUGCGAGGAGGCCCUGAAGCACUAUGAGGACUUCCCCAAGCUGUGGAUGAUGAAAGGACAAAUAGAGGAACAAAAAGAGCUGGCAGAGAAAGCACGGGAAGCUUAUAAUCAAGGGUUGAAGAAGUGUCCCCAUUCCAUACCCCUAUGGCUCUUGCUAUCCAGACUGGAGGAGAAAGUUGGGCAGUUGACUAGAGCAAGAGCCAUCUUGGAAAAGUCUCGUCUGAAAAACCCAAAGAAUCCUGAUCUCUGGUUAGAGUCUGUACGAUUAGAAUACAGAGCUGGGUUAAAGAAUAUUGCAAAUACUCUGAUGGCCAAGGCAUUGCAAGAAUGUCCCAAUUCAGGAAUCCUGUGGUCAGAGGCAAUUUUCCUGGAAGCACGACCGCAAAGGAAGACCAAGAGCGUGGAUGCUCUGAAGAAGUGCGAACACGACCCGCAUGUCCUGUUGACUGUGGCCAAGUUAUUCUGGAGUGAGCGCAAAAUAACUAAGGCCCGAGAAUGGUUCCACCGAACAGUGAAGAUAGACUCCGACCUGGGGGAUGCCUGGGCUUUCUUUUACAAAUUUGAGCUCCAGCACGGCACAGAGGAGCAACAACAGGAGGUGAAGAAGCGCUGCGAGAAUGCCGAGCCGCGCCACGGAGAGCUCUGGUGUGAUGUCUCCAAGGACAUAGCGAACUGGCAGAAAAAGAUCGGCGAGAUCCUUGUCCUUGUGGCAGCCAAGCUCAAAAAUACUUUCUAGAGGAUGCUGACGCGGCUGCAUCAGUAUCUCUGUAGGACUAGGGUGUCUGCUCACCAGCUUUCCCUGCAUUUGCCCUUACAGUGGACACAUUGGAGAGGACAAGAGAUUGGUGGAAAAUGAAAGAUCUGUUUUUUUUUUUUCUUUCCCAAAAGAAAAAUCUGUUCCCUUCUCUUCCUGUUGUAGUGCUCUUGGCUCACGCGGUGCAGUCAUCAGCUGUGUGCAUCACAAAUGCAUCUAGAUUCGCUCUGAACAUUGUCAUUUGGGGCAAAUGUAGCAGAGUUGAGCAGUUUGGAUGCUCAGUUGGCAUUUUCACCUUGAUGCCUGCAUCCCCUCUGUAAAUAUCCUUAAUUAUUGCUUGUUUGGUUGCUGAUGUUUAGCCGUUCCUCUGAUCUCUUCCCUAGCAUGAAGUGCUCGUCGUGCCGCCCGUUUGUGCAGUUCCUUUAGUGUCUGGCCCAUCAGAUGCUGGUUCUUUGUCAGCAGAUCCGUUUCCCUGCUGYCUGAAUGCAGCAAAUUUACCCUGAAGGGAAGCGUGGAUGUCUGCUGGGGAGACCAGGAAGAGAGUGGCCGGGGUGCCCCUUUCCUUGGCCCCAGGUGAGACCCAAGUCUCGUUUGACUUUGUCUCCUCUGCUGGCAAACUGCAGCAUAACCCGGAACGUUUCCUUAAACCUGAGCAGACGAGGYGCUUUGUGAAAUUCCAGAGAAUAUUUUUAAAGAGCUUUUUCUCAGCUUUUUUAAAUGCAUAUGAUAUAACCUUCUUUAGGAGUCUGAUUUCAUUAAGCAAAGGAAUAUUUUGAAGGAACAAGGCAAAAUAUAAUCCCUUUGGAAGGAGUUAACCUUUUGUGAGAGCCGCUGAGAAACUGUGUUUUCUAAUGUCAGAAUUGUUUUGAGUCUGGAUAUUUGGGAUAACUCUUCAAGUGCGUAUGGAAAAAAGCGAAAUCAUUGGAGGAAGGGCUUUGUGUUUAGGAUCUUUUAUGAGCUGUCUUAAGGGUUUUCUUUUAUAUUUGUGAUCUGUAUUAUUUUGACCCAGAGAGCCUGCCUUUCUUGUCAUUAUCCUUUCAGCGAAAAGCUGUCUCUUA